AAUGCGGAAAUGUAUUGAAUGAAAAUAGCAAUGGCUGUUGUAUUCUGAAAAAGUGAGUAAUAAUAAUGCAGGCAGUCGGAACUGUUUGGCAUAAAUGAUGGAGUAUUUUGUACUAUUGAAUUGUUGAAAUUGCGUAUUUUCCGCAACAUGACGGAAUACAAGUUAGUAGUCGUAGGCGCAGGAGGCGUUGGGAAAAGUGCCUUGACCAUUCAGCUAAUACAGAAUCACUUUGUUGACGAGUACGAUCCAACAAUUGAAGAUUCAUAUCGUAAGCAAGUUGUCAUCGACUGUGAGACUUGUCUCCUUGAUAUUCUUGAUACAGCCGGACAAGAAGAAUAUAGUGCGAUGAGGGAGCAAUACAUGAGAACUGGAGAAGGAUUUCUGUUGGUAUUUGCUGUUAACAAUGCGAAGUCCUUUGAGGAUAUUGGAGGUUAUCGUGAACAAAUAAAGAGGGUGAAGGAUGCAGAAGAAGUGCCUAUGGUCUUGGUAGGCAACAAAUGUGAUCUUCCAUCGUGGGCAGUGGACAAGAACCAAGCUCGUGAGGUUGCCAAGCAGUAUGCAGUUCCUUUUGUUGAGACAUCAGCAAAAACACGAAUGGGGGUCGAUGACGCAUUUUAUACUUUAGUUCGUGAAAUCAGAAAAGACAAGGAACAACGAGGGAAAGAAAAUCGCAGGAAAAAAAAGAAGGUUAUAGAUGUAAGGAAAAAAUGCUGCAUUCUGUAAACUAAAAGGCAGUUCAGAAGGAAUGAUUAACUGAUAUUUUAAUAACAGGAUCACUGCUGUAGUGAGGCAUCAGGAUACCAACUACAGUGGACUCAAUAUAACUCUGAGCCUGGAUGACAGUCACAAACACAUGUGGGAGGGAGGGAAGACUGCAAAAUGAUGGUACAUAUGGAGAGAUAACCCUUGAAUACCAUUGGCUGUGAAAUUAUCAUAUUUAGGCUAUAGAAGCUGCAUGUGUUGGUUAAGGGAUGUGCCUGCAUUACUACUAUUUUAUGGUUCCUUUGGUUCAUAAAAUGUGUAGUGUAGAAGUCAGUGUAUGAAAAUGCCACUGAUUGUGUUGAAAUUAAAAGAGGGAAAAAAUAUUUUCAGUUACAUUACACAUGCUCAAGACAGACUCUUCAUUACCUUUCUUCCCCUUGCCCUUUCCAUCUUACCUUCCCCUCUUUCAGUGACAUAUCUGAAGCUUACAGUUAUGUUGUGGUCACUGUACAUACUUGUAAGUUUGCCUUUAAAAAAUAUUACACAUUAGGGUUGUGAAGGUGCAUAAUUUGCUGGAAGACUCUUCAAGCUGUAAUGUUAUAUUGUCUCUUGGAGAGCCUUUCAACAAGUAAGAAAACAGAUCGAAAGGUGAGAUGUGCCUGAACAGAGAACUGUUGGUACAUUGAGGGAGUUCACUUGUAACUUAAUGAUAUACAGUACUGUAACUGCCAAAUUUUUUGUUUAAAGAUUGCACAGUUAUGAUUUUAAUGUCAUGAGCCAUCAGCAGAUAUAAUGAAGUUUAACAUGUAUUAACACCACCUACUUGUAACUCCAAGUGCAGCUUUAUGAUUCAUUUCAAAUACUUUACACAGGAAGUAAUAAUUAUAGCUAUAAUUAAGCGGUGACAAAGGACAUCUGUUCUUAGAUCAAGAUCCAAAGAUUGGCUACUAGUGGUAUGAACAACAAACUGAUAGCACAUCAGAUUUUUAUGGUACAUAUUAGCUAAAUAUCUGUAAGGGGCAUGUUAUCAACAGAAUUAUCCUGUCAAGCACAAAUAUUGAAAUGUCAUUGUUCUCUUAUGUUAAUAGUUAAAACUACUGUGUUAUGUUUAUUUUUGAGCAAAUAUUGGCAUACUGUUAUUCCAUAAUUCUGAUCAGAGUUCAUAUUACAAUAACAUUUGCAUUGUAGAACGUUUGCCUUCUGUAGCAUAAACAGCUUUUGCUCUCUGAAGACAUGCUCAAAUGCUAGUAUUUAAUGGUUACCUCUUCAGCUUCAUAUUUGCAUUUGCUGUGGGCACGUACCCACAUAAGUCAAGACUUUUGUUGCUGAAAUAGCAGUUUUAUUUCAUAAGUGGCAUAACAUGAAAAGGGAGGAUGAUGGGGAAGAAUUUAAAAGGAAUUACUCAUUGCUGGAUGGUGUGAUGAGAAACCUCAGUCUGUAAUCCACAAUGAAACCUGCAACCUCCCAAAUACCACUACGCUGACAUUUGUUGUUCGUGACUGCCGAUUGUAGCGUAUUAGAAUAUUAAUAUGAAAGCUACAAUAAGAAUGCACAUAAUCUACACUGAAAUAUUAAUACAUUUUGUAUUUCAUUCUCAGUUAUAAAUUUGUGACUGUAAGUUUGUGAAGUACAUAGUGAUCUUAAAAUGUUAAGCCAGUAAAUAGCAUAGUAAGAACAGCCAUAAUGGUUGAAAUAUGUAUUAUAUUUCACAUGUGUAAAUAUAAGAAUUACUAGGACAACUCCUUCAGGUCAGGUAUUUUUAUAGCUGGAGAGAAAGCUUCACAGAUUUCAAGUUACAAAUCUUAUUUUCAUUCAAUAAAUAGUAUUGAUUUCAUGUAUGUGCCAAAGUAAUCACAUGUACAUUUUGUGAGUUUGAGGAAUUGCAUAUUCAGCAGACUCGCAUAUAGUAGUGGUGACUAAAAAGGGUGCUGCAUCAGUAAACUCCUUCAGAGUGUCCACACUCAACCUCCCUUAUACACAUGCUAGCACCUCCUGAGAGGUAAAUCUGACUUUAACACUGUGACAUUUGAAGUUUUCAUGGCAGAUGAUGAUUUUGUGGGUUUUGAUCCUGUGUAGACUUCUGUGUUAUAUACCUGCAAGUCUGCACAGCAUCAAAACACACAUCAUCAUUAGACUUGAACAGGUUUCCUCCAUAAUCCCUGUAAAGAUUUAUUAUAUGUACCAUAGGACUAGCUUUUCUGUCCAUUAUUGACAGUGCCCUGUUCUUUCUACCCUCAUUCGCUGCUGUUUUCAUAUUACCAGUUUUAAAUACAUGGUCUCACAGGUGUUGCUUCUGAGCUACAAACACUACUAAAUAUAAUUUAACGUUCAUAGGGCUAUACAGCCAUAUGCGUAGCUUUUAACCUGUAGGUCUUUGAAAUACACUUAUAGUUUAAAUAUCUAAUCUGUUAAUGUAGUGUCUAUGUGUAAAUUUCCACAGUAUCCAUUCAGUUUAUGCAACAAAUACACAAAUCAGCAAUCUUCUGAAACAGUUGGGAGAAUUUAAUUUUGGCCCAUGGUGAUCCACUGUAACCCCGUCUUCACAAGAAACUCAAACCCAGAUUUUUUAUGGGCACUUGGUAACCCAGUUUGAUUAACUAUGGUUGCAGAGGUCCUGUUAAUACACUAUUUCCAUACUUAAUAUGAGACCUCUGAAGAUUGUCAAGGCCUACUUCAUCUCUGUGUGUGGUUAAUUGAAUGUUUUCAUAAACUUACAGUAAUUGUACACUGAAUUCACAGAAUUUUAAAAAUCCUGAGACUACUAUGUAAGUUUAUAUUUAAAAACUUUUACAUUAAAUAUAUAAAAUGUGCUUCAGUGUGAUAGGCUAUUUAAAAUGUAUUUCAGAAUUAAUCUACCUACACAAAUUUUUUCCAUUUGAAAUUUUUGUAUUUUAAUGUGUAACUUUUAUCUCUGAUUCUACUAUAUAGCUGAAUAUAUAUAAUUACUGUAGAUUUACAUGAAGUGUUAAGAUUCUAAUAUAGCCUGCAGCUUCAUUAAGACAUUUUGAUUAAUACCAAAUGAUACUGUAAGUGAAUAAUUCUAAUAAAGGCUGAAAGUUAGAAAUAUG